AGAAAAAAACCGGAAUCACGUUAAUGACCGUCGAAUCUAACCUUAUUUAUAACUACACUGCUUUUACACUCAUUGAUCGUAUAAAAUUCAUAUUUUAUACCAUUACUGGUUCAUUGGGAUAUGAUGUGAUAACAAAACAACUAAUUCGUCUGGAAUUAAAUUAUUUGUAAAUAGAAAUAAACUAAUCUAUUCCAGACUGUCAGAUAUUAAAUAUGAUUUGCAGUGAUGUAUAAAGUAUAAUUCAAAACUGAAAUAGAGUAAAAACUGCUUUAGGGUGAAGAAUAGUUUUAUGUUUAUCAGAAAAUUUAUUUCGUUCUAUAAUAGCAGCUGCAUUACGUAAUCUGGUGUUCGGUUCGAGGAGAAAUCCCUAAUGAACAUCUGAUUUAAAAAAAUGAUAACGUUGCAACUGUUGCCACGUGGAGUUGUUGUAAUCUUUUAAUAUGGUCCUUCGAUGUGCUCGUUUUAAAAGUGUACUGAUGUGCAUUACAUAUAGACGGAUCGACGACAUUUAAAAUCUUUAAUAAAUGUUUAACGUCACCGAUAGCCUUGGAUACACCUGUCUGUAAACGGCGAUGCUUGAUUGUACAGGUGAAAAUGGGAUAUGUUUAUACAUAUAAGUUCUACCUAAAUAUAUGUACAUUGUAUAUAUUAAGUUUGAUGAGGCAUCAAAUGAUAAUUUGCCAAAUAACGUUGGAUUCUAAAGAGGGUAUAAUAUUCAGUUUGAAAUUACGAUGGAUUAAUUACAUGAGAAAAAAGAGGCAGGGUUUUGGGGAUUUUGAUACAGUCUUGGCCGUUUUAGGAAAUCGAAAAUCCCCUAUUUAUCAAGACAAAUGUAUUCUACAAUAAAAAAAAUCCGCGACGUACGUUUAGCAUUGACAUAUUUACUAAAUAAGUGAAUCCUGUACUUAAACGUGAACAAAUCCAAUAUCAGCCACUGAGAACUGAUAAACCACGUGCACGUAGAUUAAGUCAGUCACGCAGCGUCGCUUGUCGGCACUAGUUCGGUCUCAAAGGCAGUUCUCUCAUAAGCUUGAAAUGUUACGAAUACGGGCUUUGGAAGUGCAAAGUCAGUGAUGCAGAUUAGGAAGUGCAAAAAAAAUAUUGAUGAAGAAAUUUACCAGUGGCGUAGCAUAUUUUAACAAAUAUUUAUAACUACCUCCCCGUUGAAUAAUUACAUUAAGUUAUAAUCAGACAUGUGAAAGUUCGUAAGUCCAAUUCAAAGAUUAAGGAUUUUGUUGUAACGUACAAAAUGCCGUUCGGCUCAUGAUACAAGGUUUUUAUAAGACUGUAGGGCAGGUUUUGAAGUGAAAGAAAAUGUAACUAUUGCAUUGUUAUAGGACAUCUGUUUAAACAAAUAAUCGAUGUUUAUUUAAAUCCAUUUUGCACGCUUCCAUCAGUCUACCGGUUAAGAUAGAUAAUUAGACUAUAGACUCUAACGAUAGUCAAUAUUUACAUGAAGCAUCACAUACCUGAAAUAUGAGUUGUACAAUGAAUCAUUUGCAGCGUGUACUGACCUUGCGAAUGUACAUGAUUGUUGGAUUGUUCAUUGUACCAAUGAUUAUGGUAUUUUUGUACGGCAGAACAUAUUGUCAGUACGAGGCUCCGUAUGGGUUCGAGUCGAGUUUGGAACUUAGAAGUCCCGUGGCACCGCUUACGGUAGUUAAGGAUGAACCAGCCAAACCACCGGAAGUAAUGAAGAAGAAAAAGACAGUUUUGUAUUGGACAAAAAUGUUUUCGAGCAAAAAUUUUUACCUUAGUGAACGUGGGGUAGAUGGUGACAUUUUUGCAAACUGUCCUGUCAGCUUUUGCAUGGGAACAAACGACCGAAAUUAUCAACCCGUCGAGGAAUUCGACGCUCUUUUGUUCCACGGUCCGGAAUUGAACGCGAAAGAUCUACCGAAAACAAGAUCACCAAAUCAACGCUACAUUUUCAUGGAUUCGGAGACUCAGGUUUUCCAUCCAGUACCAAACAGACCAGAAUUCAAUAAUUUUUUCAACUGGACAAUGGCUUACAGGAGAGAUGCAGAUGUCAUGAGGCCGUAUGGGAUCUUCAGGAAACUUGAUACCAACGAAGUUAUACCUCCAUAUAUUCCGGCACAGUGGUUGAACGUCUCCGACGGUAACGUGUCUGAAUCCACGAGUCUCUUGUUCAAAAAGAAGUCGAAAAUGAGCGCGUGGUUCGUCUCUCAUUGUGGGACGAACAGUAAGCGAGAGGACAUUGCGAGAAAGUUACAGGAAUACGUGACGGUUGACAUUUAUGGAAAGUGUGGUAAAUUUCAGUGUUCGAGAGCCAAUGAGGACGAAUGUUACGAGCAAUUGGAACAAGGAUAUUUCUUCUACCUGUCGUUCGAGAACUCGAUGUGUCGUGAUUACAUCACGGAAAAAGUGUACCGGAUACUGGACUACGACGUGAUACCUGUCGUUUACGGUGCGGCUGACUACGAAACUUUUCUGCCGCCGAAUUCCUACAUCAACGUCAAGGAUUUUCCCUCGAUUGAGGCACUCGCCACCUUCCUCAGGGAACUGAGUCAGGACGAGGAGAGGUAUCUGAGCUACUUCAAAUGGAAAAGUUUUUACAAAGUUGACACCAAAAAGCACUAUAUCGUUUGUGAGUUUUGCAAGGCCCUCCAUGAUCCGAAUUUGCCGAGACAGGUUAUUGCCAACAUAUACGACUGGUGGGCUAAAGGAUCGCAGUGUGUCCCACCCUUAGACAUUAACUAAUCGAGGGAACAGUGCCAAUUAGGAAGAUUUCUGUGGUAAAUGUUUAAAGUAUUGUUAUAUGAGUUAGUUGGUGUAGUCCGACGUGAAAGAGAAAUAACAUUCUUUCAAAAAAAAUUACGUUAAAUUGUACAACGAACUAUGAUUUAGAACGGAAUACCGUAGACUUGUUCGGUAACUAACCAUUAAGUCUUGUUGGAUAUUAUUCGGCACUUUUUUGACACGUAGCUGAGAAACAAUAUUUUACUUUCAUAAUUUAGAUAAGUAUUAACACUAACGACCACGAUUCAGUUCUACAGGAUUAUUUCGUAAGUUGUGCGCGUUGUUUUUCAUCAAUUUAGAUUUAUCUACAUGUAUAAAAAAAAGGUUGAUCUGCUAUUUUACGACUUUGGGAUGUGAUGUUAGAACAAUCGGUUCGUCUGGAAUAAAAUGACCUUUAAGUAAAAAUUAAUGAAUCUACCCCAGACGAAGAGACCUUUCUGACUAGUCACCUUACAUCAAUUUUUUCGGAUCUAUAGGUGUAUUUGAAAAAUAAAAAUAGUCCAAUGCUAAUCCGCGAUAAAGAAUAAUUUCAUUCGGAAUAAAAGAUUUAUUUUAUGCAAUCAGGGUACCAGUAUGAUGUAGUAUCAUGUUCGAUUCUAGGAUAGGAAUCUUCAAUUAAUAUCUAAUUUAAGGCAAUGGUAACGUUCCAGCUGUCAUGAUGUGGAAUUCUUGUGGUCUAAUUGCUCAAGAGACCACCUACAUUAUAGCAACGUAUGCUGUUAAUCACGUGUACUUUAAUAGCAAGCUCAUGGAA